AUAAUUCCCCAGAUUCUAGAAAUGCAUAAACCCCUCUUGACCCUCUCACCAAGUCCGCUUCCCUGCGCGCGGAUCGAUCUCGUUCUCUGCUGAGAAUCAUGCGAAGAGCCUCAACUCUCGCGUCCUCCGUCUUCUCCCGAACCCUUGCCACCACCUACGACGGUGGAGCUACCACCACCAACCGCCGCCUUCUCCAGGCUGCACUCUAUUGUACAGGCGGCGCCGGCGGUUCCUACAAUCAUAACCGUUGGUUCUAUCGGCUUUCCAAUUCCUUCUCUGCUCGAGCAGCUUCUGUUGGAGUUGCUGGUGCUUUGGUUUCGGUGGCUGCUACCACAUUCCUUGCCCAAGAGGCCUAUGCGAAGGAGCCUCCUCCGCAGGAGCUUGUGCCUAAGGACGUUGUCCUUUACCAAUAUGAAGCUUGCCCUUUUUGCAAUAAAGUUAAAGCAUUUUUGGACUACUAUGAUAUACCAUACAAAGUUGUGGAAGUCAAUCCAAUUAGUAAGAAAGAGAUCAAGUGGUCUGAUUAUAAGAAGGUGCCUAUACUGAUGGUGGAUGGUGAACAACUUGUUGAUUCAUCAGUCAUCAUUGAUAAGUUGCGCAGCAAGAUAUCUAAGAAAAAAAUCGACUUGGCCUCAGAUGGUGGUGGUGAAGAGGAAAAGUGGCGUCGGUGGGUGGAUGAUCACUUGGUACAUGUCCUAUCUCCAAACAUAUACCGCAACACUUCUGAGGCUCUUGAAUCCUUUGACUAUAUCACAAGCCAUGGAAAUUUUAGCUUCACUGAAAAAUUUACAGUGAAGUAUGCUGGAGCUGCUGCAAUGUAUUUUGUGUCCAAGAAAUUGAAGAAGAAAUAUAACAUUACUGAUGAGCGUGCUGCCUUGUAUGAAGCUGCAGAGACAUGGGUGGAUGCUUUAAACGGCCGAGAGUUUCUUGGAGGAUCGAAGCCUAAUUUGGCUGACCUUGCUGUUUUUGGAGUAUUAAGACCCAUCCGGUAUCUGAGGUCCGGCAGAGAUAUGGUGGAGCACACCCGAAUAGGAGAGUGGUAUACAAGAAUGGAGCACGCCGUGGGGGAAUCGUCAAGGAUUAGGGCUUAAACUGGAAUUCAUUGCUAUGCUUUCUGCUUCAUUUCAGUUUCCAGCUAUACCAAGUAAACAAUCAAAUAUCAGCUGAGAACAUAAGACUUGACAAUUUUUUACCAAACAAUUUUGUUAUUGGGCGAUUGUUAUACAAAACGGAUUCCGAUACGGUAAGCAAUUAUCCCCGUUAUUGUUCUGAGAUUUUAAGAAAAUAAUAAAUUGUGGAUGUUACAAUUUUCCCAA